AUGAAGAUCGUGGAGCUGGUGAUAGACGGCUACAAGUCGUACGCGGUCCGUACCGUUAUCAAGGAUUGGGACAGCAGUUUCAACGCCAUUACCGGGCUGAAUGGCUCCGGAAAGUCCAACAUACUCGAUUCAAUAUGUUUCGUGCUUGGCCUCACGAACCUGACCUCUGUGCGAGCGUCAAAUCUCCAGGACCUUAUAUACAAGCGUGGACAGGCCGGUGUCACGAAAGCGAGCGUUACAAUCGUAUUCGACAACCGUGAUAAAGCGAACAGCCCCGUCAGUUUCGAGACUCACGACAGAAUCUCAGUAACGAGGACAAUUGUAAUUGGCGGGACUAGCAAAUAUCUUGUCAACGGAAUGCGCGCGCAGCAACAACAGGUUCACAACCUAUUUCAAUCUGUCCAGCUCAACAUCAACAACCCCAACUUCCUGAUUCAACAGGGAUACAUUACAAAAGUGUUGAGCAUGAAACCGAAGGAGAUACUGUCGCUCUUGGAGGAGGCCGCCGGAACACGAAUGUACGACGACAGACGAGAUAAGGCGCUCAGAACCCUGACGAAAAAGGAACUGAAAGUUCAGGAGCUCAACGGACUCCUGAACGACGAGAUUGGACCUAAGCUCGACAAACUGCGCCAGGAGAAGCGCGCCUUUCUAGACUUCCAACAGACACAAGGCGACCUCGAACGAUUGACGCGCCUUGUCGUCGCUCAUGACUACUUAAGAUACAAGGAGAGGCUGCGUCAGUCUGUAGACGAUCUUGAAGCGAAGAAGCAGCGCGCAGACUUUCUGGAUCAAUCGGCCGCGCGGAUGAAGGGGGAGAUCGAAUACAUCCAGGAGGACAUCAAGAAAGUGAAAGCGACGCGCGAAAAGGAACUCCGCAAAGGUGGACAAUUUCAAGCACUGGAUGAGGAGGUCAAGAACCAUUCUCACGAACUGGUGCGGUUAACAACUGUCCUCGAUCUCAAGAAAUCCGGCAUAUCGGAGGAAGUCGAUCGCAUGCGGACCAUCGAGGAGAGUGUCAAAGACCUGGAGAGACAACUGCAGGAAAAGGCCAAGGCCCACGAGAAGCUGGAGCAGAAGUACAGCGCGGCCCAUGAGGAGUUGACGAAGCAGACCGCGGAUGUCAGCGAGAAAGAAGAGCUACUGCAAACGCUCCAAACUGGUGUGGCGUCAAAAGAAGGCCAAGAGAGCGGGUACCAAGGCAAGCUUCAAGAAGCCAGAAACAGAGAAAGCGCAGCUGCAACCGAACAAGAACAAAGCAAGCUUAAGAUUGCGCACCUAGAGAAGCAAAUCAAGGAGGACGAGCCGAAAGCUAAAAAGGCUAAAGAGCAAAACUCCGGGUUGCUGAAGGAGUUAGAAGCUCAAAAAAUUCAAGCUCAAAAGUUGGAAGCGGAGCUGUCGAGAUUGGGCUUCGUCCCUGGCCAGGAAGCAGGACUCUACCAGCAGGAAUCGCAUCUGCAUGCACGAAUACAGGAAUUGCGACGUGAAGCUGAUGCUCUGAAGAGGAAGGUCGCCAAUAUAGACUUCAGCUACGACAAUCCCUCACCAAAUUUUGAUCGAUCACGCGUCAAGGGCUUGGUCGCGCAGCUUUUUACGCUCAAUGAGAACCACACCCGUGCUGGAACUGCUCUGGAAAUCUGCGCUGGUGGCCGGCUUUACAAUGUGGUCGUCGACACAGCAGAGACAAGCAAACAAUUGAUCCAGAAUGGCAGGCUCAAGAAGCGCUACACAAUUAUACCACUGAACAAGGUAAAGGCUUUCAAGGCCUCUGCCGAGAAGAUUGGUGUUGCUCAGCAUGAAGCCCCUGGCAAAGCCAACUUGGCCUUGUCUCUGAUAGGUUAUGACGAUGAGGUUUCCGUGGCCAUGGAAUUUGUUUUCGGGAACACGUUUAUUUGUGAAGAUGCUGCAACAGCUAAGGUCGUCGCUUUCGGUAGCUCGCGGACCAGGAGCGUUACUUUGGAAGGCGACGUGUACGACCCUCAGGGAACGCUAUCCGGAGGGAGCGCACCUCAGUCGAGCGGCGUUCUGGUGACUUUGCAGAAGUUCAACCAGAUCACUAGUGAACUCAAAGCCCAGGAGCAGCAACUUGCUGAACUCCAAGCGACUAUGGCCAGGGGAAAGGAGAAGCUUGAUGGCGCCAAGCGAUUGAAGCAGGAGCUCGAUCUCAAGACGCAUGCAAUUCAGCUUACAGAAAACCAGAUUAGUGGGAACUCAUCUUCAUCGAUCAUCCAGGCUGUUGAAGAGAUGAAGCAAUCCAUUGUCCAGCUUAAAGAAAGCAUUAAAGCCGCCAAGUCUAAGCAAGACGAAGCCUCAAAAGACAUCAGGCGGAUCGACAAAGACAUGAAGGAAUUCAACAGCAACAAAGGCAGCAAGCUCGCGGAGUUGCAAUCUUCGCUCGACAAACUCAAAAAGGCUUUGGUCAAGAACAGCGCUUCUCUCAAGCCGCUUCAAGCCGAGACUCGAGAAGCCAAGGUUGUAGUUGAUCACGUUGCGGGAGACCUUGCAGCGGCAAAGGAGCAGUUGGAGGAGGCCCAAACGACAUUAAGCAACUCGCAAGAGGAGAUUGAUGCUCUUGUUGCAGAGCAAGCUAGAGUACAACACGACCAUGACGUAGCCCAAGCCAACCUUGCGGACGAACAAAAGAAGCUUACAAGCUUCGAUGACGAACUGCGAGCACUAGAGGAAGCGAUCAAGAUCAAGAAUGCGUCGAUCACGGAGGCAGACCUGGAGAAGAAGAAGCUGGGUCACGAUAUCGAGCGCUUCGAUAAGGAACGCGACGAGGCGACGGGCAGGGUUCAAGCGCUCGAAAAAGAGCACGACUGGAUUGAGAAGGAAAGCGAGCUGUUUGGACGGUCCGGCACCGUAUAUGAUUUCAGAGGGCAGAACAUGUCCGACUGCAAGAACCGACGGAAGACAAUGGAUGAGCGAUUGCGUGGUAUGAAGAACAAGAUCAAUCCCAAGGUCAUGGCGAUGAUCGAUAGCGUCGAGAAGAAGGAAGUGAGCUUGAAAAAGAACAUGUCCAUCGUCAUCAAGGACAAGCAGAAGAUCGAGGAGACGAUAAAGAAGCUAGACAGGUACAAGCAUGAUAAACUCGAGGAGACGUGGGCUAAGGUCAACGGCUACUUCGGUAACAUCUUCAACGACCUUUUGCCGGGUGCCUUCGCCAAGCUGGACCCGUUGGAAGGGAAGUCUGUUUCAGAGGGUCUCGAUAUCAAGGUCAUGCUGGGCAAAGUUUGGAAGCAGUCUUUGACCGAGUUGAGUGGUGGUCAACGUUCCUUGGCAGCACUCGCGCUCAUCCUGGCGCUACUUCAAUAUAAGCCAGCGCCCAUGUACAUCCUAGAUGAGGUCGACUCGGCAUUGGAUCCGUCGCAUACACAGAACAUUGGUCGUAUUAUCAAAGAGCGCUUCACAGGCUCACAAUUCAUCAUCGUCAGUCUCAAGGACGGCAUGUUUGACAAUGCGAACCGCCUGUUCCGCACAAGAUUUGUUGACGGUACGAGUACUUCCCUCGAUGACAAUGACAUCCGUCGGGCAGCUACACCAAGGCAGGGCAUCACUAGACACUACACAUCGUUGAAAGAGCAUGCGGAUGCUUUACACAAUACGGCGUUGACACCUGGUGGUGAACUCUCUAAAACGGAUUCCAAGGCCGGCGUUUGGGAGGAUGGCUGGCCGAGAGGUUCCAAGAUGGAACCUCUGUCCCGGACUUCUACGAAAGACCUCUCUGGAUCUUCAUCACUCCCUACUCCAUCACGGACAGAUACCAACAGAUCUUCGAUUAGCGAAUUGGCGAGAGGCAUGAUAAGACAUGUCCCAGAUAUGCGCAUGUUCCAUCCAGCGGAGAAGAAAGGCGAGUCGGAAGGUCAGCUGGACUUGACGAAAACGAAUCCCACGGUUCAUCGAUUGCCCGAGAGCACGUCGGACAGAGUGGAGAUGCCAGCUCCGAAGCCCAUCUUGCCAGCAAAAAUGACACUCAAGGAUCGCAGGCAAUUGGCGCAGAAGGAAGUUAUGCAACUCAACUUCAAGCUACCUAAUCUUCCACCCCGAAGUCGCAUGCGAGUUGCUGAAUCCUCGAGCUUGAUACCUUCUCGACCUCGCAGUCCCAAAACGCCUUGGAUUGAAGAUAAGCCUCUAAAGUGGAAUAGCCAAGGUCCGAAGACAGCACCUGUUAUAAUCACCGAAGGCGAUGAGCCAAUAUUGUCCACCAAGAGCAAUCCCAACACCCCCUUACAAACACCUCGGUUGGGAACCCCCACAAUCAAAGCUCCUAAGGGACUUAUACUUAGUCGGAUCCGGUGGGGCAAUCCCAAAAAAGCGACGAGGUCGAGCGAUGAAGAGCCCGGGAACUCGCAUGAGUCCAGUAGCCGACCAUUUCUGGGUGACAACACACGACUCGAACAGGUGCUGAAGGAGGCCGGGACACGUUCACGCUCUCAUCGAUUUCGUUGGGGUUCGUCUAAUGACUUAAGCGCAACUCCACGAUCCGAACGAGCACAAUCGCCCUUUGCAUUCUCGCGUUUCCUGAAGCUCAAGCGACCAGAACGACAAUCAAUGGCGGCAAAUUCUUCUACAAGACGAGACAAAUCGCACGGGCGCCGCAAACAAUCAGUGGUAAUCCCUGACUUGAGGGUCAUAGAGAAGAUGCCAGUACCGCCGUCAUUCGUACCUCCAGGACUCCACCGUGUUCCAACACCGCCAAUGUUCGAUGCGAACGGUGAGGUCAAGGGCAAACUCGCCGAUUUCUUUUUUGACCACCAAGGUGUACACACGCACAAAUCUCCGGCUUCGCCAGGUGGUGUUUGGGACUCGGACGCACUACUUAUGUCACAGCUUACCGACCUCCAGCAAAACAAUUCGCCAUCCGAAGACUCUCCCCGAGAUCCUAUGUCUGACUCACAGGUUGAACCCUCUAACCAUCCUCCUUUUCCUACUAUACCAACACCCACUGGUGAAACAUGCACCCCGGUCACGCCUCCACACUAUCUCACAGAUGUGAACUGGGGCCGUGCGGGCACCGACCUGAUGAGUUCCAAAAACCCUGCAACGUGCGGCGUGGAGGAGUUAGCCAAGCUGGAGUGGCUCAUUCCGGAACAUCUGCCAACUAGCCCACUGUGUCCGCUGCACGCGAAGUAUAGAGGACCUAGCAAGGGUCUAUGCGUACUCCAUAGUAAGAGGAUGAGUUUAUCAGAGCCUCAAAUAAGGAGGCAGAGUGGGCAAAGAGGCGGAAUAGAAAGCAAAAAUAGGGGCCAAAGGAGAGGAAGCCAUGCGUCGUUGCGAAGGCAGAGCUCGGCAUUGGAUGGAGGUGAAGAUGCUGACGAGGCGGCAGAGGUCUCGCUCACCACUAUAAGUGCGAAGCUGCGUGCAAGUAGGUUGUGGUGUCGUAAGCCUUAA